AUCACGCAAGAGUCGGCCUUCAACGCUCUCUCAAUCACAAAAUUGGCCCACCAAGCGUUGGGCCCCUUUUUAUGGCAGAGAGCGAAAGGAGAGAGAUGCUCCGUACCUACCCAUCUCACAAAUCUUCUUUGUUUGCUUCCUUCCCUCAUCGGUCUUCAGUCAACUAAAUCCCCAAGCAAUCAACCAUGGCUCCUUUCGAUCCCCCCGCCAAGAAAAUCGCCGUACCCGAGCUUUACGAUGACGAGGACGACAAGACUGUUCAGACCGACGGCAGCAAUGAUCUCAAUGAGCCUCUCUUGAGUAUCCAGACCACCAUGAGUGAAGAUGAGGAGGACACUGCCAUGAAGGAAUCUUCCUCGCAGUGGUCCAACCUCUACAGUCUCAUCAUUGGACUCAUCAUUGGAUGUUUCAUCCAAUUCAGCUCCCUGGGUGCAAACUUCCUGAUGACUUCCAUGUACGGCUACAACGUCUUCUUCAUGAAGGAAUUCCUCGUUGUCUCCUUGGUCUGGUGCUUCGUCACGUCUAUCAUGGGAGUCUGCGUCCUCCUCUUCCUACGUAGUCUCGUUGUCACAUCCUUCUACGCAACAACUUCCGUGAACGAGAAUUUCAAGGCAAAGGAGGACUUUAUUGCCGGACUCAUCCAAAAGAUGGAAUACUACUUUGCUGUGGGAGCUCUCAUUGGGGUUUGCAUGUGUUGGACGAUUACCGACAUUGUCCUCGGAAUGAAGGCCCACAUCGUCCACAGUUUAGUCACAUUGGUCAUUGCCUUGGUUUGGUGCCGACUUGUCAUGACCUUCUGCGGUAGCAAAGUCGAAAGCUGAACACCUCCUGCAAAAGCGAUAACUCAAUGAUAUCUCUAAUUUCAUAAAAUACAUGUUUCGUUCGUU